AUGGCAAUAUCAGAAACAUCAUUAAGUCGUUCAAUUAAAUUUUGGAUUUUACUUGUUUUUCAAAUUCCAUCGAUUCUAUGUUCUAUUUUUGUUUUAUAUAAUAUGUUUACUUUACAAAUAUAUCGUCGUGCAUUAGCUAAUCAUGUUAUAAUAGCAAUGCUUAUUGUUAGUAUUUUAUCUAUUACAAUUGAUCUUUCAUUAACACUUAAUUAUCUACGUGAAGGUAUUGUUAAUCCUCAAUCAGUAUCAUUUUGUUUGUUUUGGAUGUAUAUUGAUUAUUCAUUAUAUGCAAGUGGAAUGCUUUUAACAACAUGGGCAUCAUUUGAACGACAUAUUCUUGUUUUUGCUUCACAAUAUUUUCGUUCAUCAUAUAAAAUUAUUCUUGCUCAUUAUUUACCAAUUAUAUUUUGUUUAAUUUAUCCAUUUAUUUUCUAUAUUUAUACAAUACCUUUUUAUAUAUGUGAAAAUGAUGUAGUACAUUUUCAUAUAAUACUUUGUGGUUCACCAUGUUUUAAACGUGAAUCAUAUAUAUUGAAUUGGUAUGAUAUGUUAAUGCAUAGUGUAUUACCAUGUGCAUUUAUAGUAACAUUUAGUUUAGCUUUAUUAAUUCGAGUUAUAAAACAAAAACGUCGUUUACAACGAAAAUUAUUUUCAUGGAGAAAACAACGUCGAAUGAUUAUACAAUUACUAUCAAUUACUUGUCUAUAUAUUAUUAUAAAUAUACCAUUAUUUAUUAUUAUUUUUAUUCAACAAUGUUGUUUAAAGACAUUUGCUGUUGUUGAACAUGAUCUGUAUUUGUUUUAUUUAUAUUAUUUUUUAUUAAUAUUUUUACCAUUUGUAUGUCUUGGAUCACUCGGCAAUUUACGAGAAAAAUUUAGAAGAUUUAAACCUUGUUGUAAAAAAAGUUCAAUACAAGCACCAGUUAUGAACGGUUGA